AAGUGACAAUGUUUCAGAUGCGCUGGGUGUUAUGGGCGAGAUGGGCCUCAGUCUGGUCAGUAUCCCGAUCCAGAUCGUUCAGGAUACUCCGAUUCAACAGCAUGUGAUGACAUCUGAAGUGGUUCCCGAGACCACCACCAUAUAUCUGGAUCAGAGCCAGUUGGCGUACUUAAAUGGCGGCCAAUUGGUGAUCACAGACGAGGGGUUCCUAACUUCAGUUCCAGCAGAGCAGCUGACUAUAGACAAGGACAGCCUGUUUGCACCGGCUACGGACAGCGUAACCGAAGCCAUCAAACCAAUUGGCAGUCUCAACACUCUGGAUCUCUCCUGCCUAGGGACUACUGAGGACCUGUUGCUGGGGGACUCUGCCGACCUGGGUCCGGAGCUGCCGCCAUCACCCAGUGGGGAAGAGCUGGUCAUCACCGGGCCAGAGGUCACCUGGAAGUGUAAUGAGGAGGGGGCGGCCGCUUCCAAGAAAGACAGUGGGCCCGUGAAAGACUCCAACAAAGACAUCCCCCCUCCACUGAGAAAGGGCCCUUUCAAAUGUGAGAUCUGCUUCAAGGAGUUUCCUCAGUAUUCCCAGUACAGGAAACACAGCCAGUUACAUCUAGAGGAAAAGCCACACAAGUGUCCUGCCUGUCCUGCAUCCUUCAACAUUCCGAGCAAUCUAAUUCUGCAUAAGGCCACCCACCAGUUGGACAACCUCGAAUGUCCGGAGUGCCUGAAGAAGUUCAGCCGGGUGGCCAGUCUCAAGGCACAUAUCAUGUUGCACGAGAGAGAGGAGAGUCUCUUCUGUACCGAGUGUGGUGACGAGUUCGGCAAUCAGGUACAACUAGACAAACACAUGCAGAGUCACGACGAGGAGUGGGUCAACCCAAAAGCCAGGGUGUACCGUUGUCCCAGCUGUGACAAACAGUAUUCAAGAGCCUCCGUGCUGAGACAGCACAUGAAGGACCACUACAAGGUGAAGGCAGCUCUGAGUGCCAACAGCUACAACCGAGCUGUGAGAAGAGGACGACUGUUACACUCCUGUACCGUUUGUAGCAAGACCUUCCAGAAGCCCAGUCAGCUGAUACGGCACAACCGCAUCCAUACGGGGGAGAAACCGUUCAAGUGUGAGUUGUGCUCAAGAUCAUUCAACCAGAAAGGUUCCUUGCUGAUUCACAUGAUGUCUACACACAAAGGGAUGCGCCCUUACCAGUGCCAAUUCUGCAGCGCCGCUUUCAGUCAAAAAGGAAACUUGCGUGCCCAUGUGGUGAGGCUCCAUUCCAUCCCCAACACCCAGGAAACAGUGUACCAGUGCAAGGAGUGCUCUUGUGUGUUCCGCAAGCUCGGCAGUCUUAACGCUCAUCAAAAUCGGAUGCAUCCUCCGUACACCAAUUCGCAGGAUGUAAAGAAACCUGUUGAUGUUAACCAGAUCAAAGUGAAAGCACAGAUUCCUGCAGGACUGAAAGAUACCUCGGAUAAAGAAAAUGACGCUCAAGAAGAAAAGGACCUACCGCAGCAACGAAUUAUAACUGUAUCAAACAAACUUGAGGAUGGAUCUGUAAAGUGAGUAUUUGGCUGUUAA